AACGGGUUCCAAGGGCCAUCUCCAUCCUCUUCCUACUUUCUAUCCCUCCUACUUCACUCUAAACCCUAGCGUCUCCAAUCCAAAACCCUAAUCCCAGAUUCUCUAUCUUCGACAGUUCUGCGAUGCCUACGUAGGAGGAUGCCUCCUGGAUUAGGGCUGCUUCUGAGCCUCCAUAGAUCGACGGCGACGCCAUUGAAUCGAAGAGUUAAUUCUUUGCCUUUCUUGCUGAGGCGUUCGAUUCUUUCGUCUUAUAAUGGCGGAGAUUUUAGGGUUCGGAGUUGGGUAUCGAUGCAGAGAGGUUAUUGUGAUUAUUAUGCGGUUGAGCAGUUUUCGGAUGACGAGUAUGAGUGUGAAUUCGACAAUCAGAAGCCAUCUUCCUCGGUGGCCAACAUAGAUGAAUGGAGGUUUAAGCUUAGCCUUCUUUUACGCAAUAAUGAAGAGCAAGAGAUUAUCUCCAAAGAUAGAAGAGAUCGCCGUGAUUAUGAGCAAAUAUCUAACCUUGCGAAAAGGAUGGGCCUUUAUAGUGAAAUUUAUGGGAAGGUGGUGGUUGCUAGCAAAGUUCCUCUGCCAAAUUAUAGACCUGAUCUAGAUGAUAAAAGGCCUCAGAGAGAGGUGGUUAUCCCUCUUGGUCUUCAAAGAAGGGCUGAGGGUCUACUUCAAGAGCAUCUUGAUAGAAAUCUGGUGGUGCCUGGAAAGCACAAUGAGAGUUUAGGAGUUAAUGUUAAUGAAGAUAUAAGACUGGACGAAAAUGAAGAUUCUUUGGUUGAUAGAUCAGUUAUGGAAAAAAUUCUUCAGAGAAAGAGUUCGAGAAUGCGGAAUGCGCAGAGAGCCUGGCAGGAAUCACCUGAGGGUGUAAAGAUGGUCAAGUUCAGGACAUCUCUUCCUGCCUACAAGGAAAAAGAUAGAUUAUUGGCAUCCAUUGCACGGAAUCAGGUGCUAGUGAUUUCUGGGGAAACUGGAUGCGGUAAAACCACCCAGCUUCCUCAAUAUGUGUUAGAAUCUGAGAUAGAAACUGGUCGCGGAGCAUUCUGCAACAUCAUAUGUACCCAACCUCGAAGAAUAUCUGCUAUGGCAGUUUCGGAAAGAGUUUCCAUGGAAAGAGGGGAGAAUCUUGGUGAAACAGUUGGUUACAAAGUUCGAUUAGAGGGAAUGAAAGGAAAAAAUACCCAUCUGCUUUUUUGUACCAGUGGUAUUUUGCUGAGAAGGUUGCUGGGAGACCGUAAUUUGAAUGGUGUAACACAUGUCUUUGUUGAUGAAAUUCAUGAAAGGGGCAUGAAUGAAGAUUUUUUGCUGAUUGUGUUGAAGGAUCUUCUUCCACGGCGUAGGGAUUUGAGAUUGAUUUUGAUGAGUGCCACUUUGAAUGCUGAGCUAUUUUCAAACUUCUUUGGAGGGGCGCCCACAAUCCAUAUUCCGGGCUUUACCUAUCCUGUAAGAGCACACUUUCUGGAAGACAUAUUGGAAAUUACUGGAUACAAAUUGACUUCAUUCAACCAAAUUGAUGAUUAUGGUCAAGACAAGUUGUGGAAGACUCAGAGGCAGCUACUGCCACGAAAGCGAAAGAAUCAGAUUACUGCACUUGUUGAGGACACACUUAAAAAGUCUACCUUUGAAAGCUACAGUUCCAAAGCACGUGAUUCCUUAGCCAACUGGACACCUGAUUGCAUUGGGUUUAACCUUAUUGAGGCUGUUUUGUGUCAUAUAUGCCGAAAAGAACGGCCAGGUGCUGCAUUAGUUUUUAUGACAGGUUGGGAUGAUAUUAAUUGUCUAAGAGACCAGCUAAAGGCACAUCCUCUGUUGGGAGAUCCGAACAGGGUUCUGCUGCUGACAUGCCAUGGGUCAAUGGCUACUUCUGAGCAGAAACUCAUAUUUGAGAAACCACCUCCUAAUGUGCGUAAGAUCGUUCUCGCAACAAACAUGGCAGAAGCAAGUAUCACAAUUAAUGAUAUUGUUUUUGUCGUCGAUUGUGGAAAGGCGAAGGAAACCACAUAUGAUGCUUUGAACAACACCCCUUGUUUGCUGCCAUCCUGGAUCUCAAAAGCUUCUGCCCGUCAAAGAAAAGGUAGAGCUGGCCGUGUGCAACCCGGGGAGUGUUAUCAUCUCUACCCUAGAUGUGUAUAUGAUGCAUUUGCGGACUAUCAGCUUCCAGAGCUUCUCAGGACACCUCUGAACUCCUUGUGCUUGCAAAUAAAGAGUUUGCAGAUUGGUACUAUAGGGGAGUUCUUGUCAGCUGCAUUGCAGCCUCCAGAAGCGUUAGCUGUGCAAAAUGCUGUUGAGUUCCUGAAGAUGAUUGGAGCAUUAGAUGAGGGGGAAAAUCUUACCAAUCUUGGACGAUAUCUCUCAAUGCUUCCUGUUGAUCCGAAGCUAGGGAAGAUGCUCAUAAUGGGAGCUGUUUUCCGGUGCCUUGAUCCUGUUCUUACAGUAGUCUCGGGGUUAAGUGUUCGUGACCCUUUUCUGUUACCUCAAGACAAGAAGGAUUUGGCAGGGACAGCAAAAUCAAGAUUUUCUGCAAAAGAUUACAGCGAUCAUAUGGCUCUUGUCCGUGCAUAUGAAGGAUGGAAAGAUGCAGAGAGGGAAGGAUCUGGUUACGAUUACUGCUGGAGAAAUUUUCUCUCUGCCCAAACCCUUCAAGCUAUCCAUUCACUUCGGAAGCAAUUCAAUUUUAUUUUAAAAGAUGUUGGUUUACUAGAUGCAGACUCCAACACAAGUAACAGCUUGAGCCAUAAUCAGUCACUGGUUCGUGCUAUCAUCUGCUCUGGCCUCUUUCCUGGGAUUGCUUCUGUCGUGCACAGGGAGAAGUCCAUGUCUUUCAAAACAAUGGACGACGGGCAGGUUCUACUUUAUGCUAACUCUGUUAAUGCAAAAUACCAGACGAUCCCCUACCCUUGGUUAGUAUUUGGUGAGAAAGUCAAAGUCAAUACUGUCUUCAUCCGUGAUUCCACUGGGGUAUCAGAUUCUAUAUUGCUCCUGUUUGGUGGAAAUCUUCUUAAGGGAGAAAUGGCAGGGCACCUGAAGAUGUUGAAUGGUUACAUCGACUUCUUCAUGGAUCCAAGUUUGGCCGAAUGCUAUUGGAAUCUUAAGGAGGAACUUGAUAAGCUUGUCCAGAAAAAGCUUCAAGACCCCAACACAGACAUUCACAAGGAAGGCAAAUACCUAAUGCUUGCAAUUCAAGAGUUGGUCACUGCUGACUUAUGCGAAGGAAGAUUUGUAUUUGGCCGUGAAACCAAAAGAGCCAGGCUCACCAGCGGCAACACUGACAACAAGAGCAGAAUUAUAAAGGAUGGAAUGAAUCCAAAGAGUUUGCUUCAGACCUUACUCAUGAGAGCGGGUCACAGUCCACCAAAGUACAAGACGAAGCAUCUAAAGACCAACGAGUUCAGAGCUCUAGCGGAGUUCAAAGGGAUGCAAUUUGUUGGAAAACCAAAGAAGAGCAAGCAACUGGCUGAGAGGGAUGCAGCUAUUGAAGCUUUAGGAUGGCUGACACAGACUUCUGAUAAGAGUCCUCAGGAUGAUGAGGAUGAUAACCCGAUAGAUAUUACUGAUAACAUGCUGAAGCUUCUCAACAAGAGGCGACCAAAGCGGCAGAGGAGCAAAUGAUAAGCUUCUAUAUGUUGUAUCAUAUUUUUCAUAUUUCUUGAUGCUAUGUUAAGGGUGGAAGCAAAGAAAUAUCCUUAUGAUUUUUACGACUUGGCAUUCUAUACUAGGCCAGUUAGGUAUCAUAUUUCUUCGAGGUUAUUUAAUCUGCAAGUUAAAUUUCGGUCAGCAAAUGCUGAUCAGCUGUAUCUAUUCAAAUGUAUAUUUUACUGGAGCGUUCUCUUCUUUAGGGUACAUUUUUCUUCUUUUUUUGGAAGUUAUUUCUAUAAGCUUUAUCUUUAGUUCGUUCUAUAUAGGAGAAAAGCACUAGAAUUUGUACAAGUAUAUUCUCCAAUGAACUCGAAGUUGGUUGCCAAUAAAAGAGCUAAUCCUGUUGUAA